AUGGCAGGUCUCAGUAGAAGGAUGUUGACUCUCGAUGUCAAGAAUGCUUUUCUUCAUGGCAAUCUCUCUGACACUGUGUAUAUGCAUCAACCAUUGGGUUUUCGGGAUCCCAAUUUUCCUGAUCAUGUCUGCCUAUUGAAGAAGUCUCUCUACAGCCGGAAACAAGCCCCUCGAGCUUGGUACCAGCGGUUUGCUGAUUUUGUCGCCACCAUUGGCUUCUCACACAGCAAGUCUGAUCACUCAUUAUUCAUUUAUCGCAUGGGUUCUGAUAUUGCAUAUAUACUGCUUUAUGUCGAUGACAUCAUUCUGACAGCCUCUUCAGACGAUCUCCGUAAGUCUAUUAUGGCACUCUUAAGUGCCGAGUUAGCUAUGAAAGACCUUGGUCGACUAAGCUAUUUCUUGGGUAUUGCUAUUACUCGUAAUGCAGAUGGCUUAUUUUUAUCACAGAAGCAGUAUGCCGAAGAAAUCCUGGAACGGGCAGGUAUGUCACUUUGUAGCCCGUCUCUUACACCUGUUGACACGAAGCCGAAGCUAAGUGCCUCGAAAGAUGCACCAAUUGAUGAUACGACUAAGUAUCGUCAGCUUGCUGGGGCUUUGCAGUACCUUACUUUCACUAGACCAGAUAUCUCUAAUGCCGUCCAACAGGUGUGUCUCCACAUGCAUGACCCUCGUAAUGAACAUAUGGCUGCUCUUAAGCGCAUUCCGUGCUACAUUCAAGGGUCUAUCGAUUUUGUGUUGCAUCUCUAUAAGUCUACUGUCAGCAGCUUAGUCUCCUAUACAGAUGCAGAUUGGGGUGGCUGCCCGGAUACCAGACGCUCCACCUCUAGCUAUUGUGUCUUCCUCGGUGACAACUUGAUUUCUUGGUCCUCAAAACGUCAGCCUACACUCUCUCGUUCUAGUGCCGAGGCCGAAUACAGGGGAGUUGCUAAUGUUGUCUCCAAAUCCUGCUGGACCAGGAAUUUACUCCUUGAGCUACAUAGCCCGAUCCAAAAGAAGACACUUGUUUAUUAUGACAAUGUGCGUGCGAUAUACUUAUCAGAGGAGCAUGAAGGGGCCUCCGCUCUAGCUCUAAUAUCUCCAAUUCCUCUACCAGAUGCCUCAGGCCAGCAGAUUAGAGAGGCCAUUCAGUUGCUGACCCAGUUAGUUGCCGGUCAGGCUCAGCGAUAG